AUGGCUGCAGAGAUGCGAGUGCCAAUUAUAGAGAAAACUGGCAAGUAUUUGGGAAUUCCUUCUGACUGGGGUGAGUCAAAGAAGCAAAUGUUUGCGUGGAUUAUGGCGAGAGUCAAUAUGAAGCUAGAAGGCUGGAAAGAAAAGUUGAUAUCUAAAGCAGGGAAAGAAAUCCUCAUUAAAGCAGUGGUUCAAGCUCUCCCACAGUACGCUAUGUCCAUCUUUAAAGUUCCUAUCUCCAUUUGUCGUGCUAUUGAACAGAAAAUUGCUGCUUUUUGGUGGAGAAAUGGGGCAAGCAAAUCAGGAUUGCAUUGGAGAAACUGGAAUGUACUAAAACUUAGAAAGGAUAAUGGAGGAUUGGGCUUUAGAGACCUUAUCACCUUUAAUAAGGCUAUGUUGGGAAAACAAGCCUGGAGAAUGACUCAGAACCCAACAUCUUUGUGGAGUCAGGUACUUAAAGGACUCUACUUCCCUCAUUGUGAUUUCAGACAUGCUGGUAAGGGGAUACGACCAUCUUGGGGCUGGCAAAGCCUCCUAAUGGGCAGAGAUGCUAUUCUUCCCUCUAUUAUGUGGUCAGUUUGGAAAUGGGGAAAAGAUUAG